AGCCUAGCACGAUAUUUAGAUAAUAUAAAAUUAUUAUAUUAUGGUAACAUUGCUUUAUGCUAUCUUGUUUAUGACAAAUUCUACAUAUUGUUUAUUCCAUGUCAUCGGCAUCGAUGGAUGCUUUUACAUUAUUUUUGUAAGAAAAUAAAAUGGGUUGAAGAUGUAAUGAAAACAUCGUAGUGUUUGUGACAAAGUGCAAUAUAUUCAUGGGAAAGCAGCAUAAAAUGUAAUCAUGGCUGCUUUCAGGACUGUGUUAGUCAUAAUAUUCUGGCUUUGGAGCACAAUAGUAUACGGAUACGACUUCAUAUCACAAUACCCCAAUCAACAAAAUGAGACAUUCCAAUUCUAUCACCUCGCUAUUGAUAAAGUUAGUGGACAAGUGUACGCGGGAUCCUUAAACGCGUUGCAUCAGCUGAAAUCUGAUUUAAAACCAAUACAUGUAAUCCGGACUGGGCCGAAACCCGAUAAUCCUAUGUGCCAUGCCAGCGGCUGUGAUUCCGAAAUAAAAACAUCUCUAGUGGACAAUGUGAACAAAAUAUUAGUGAUCGAUCAAGAAUCGCGCUUACUGAUUGCGUGUGGUUCCGUCGCGCAAGGUUCAUGUUACAAAUACAAGCUGGGUGACAUUUCCGCGGAGCCCGAAUUUCUUGCCGAGAGCGUAGCUGCCAACGACGCUGAUGCUUCCACUUACGCCUUCAUCGGGCCCGAACGGUAUAUGUCCUGGGACCGGUCCAACGUCCUCUACGUCGGCACGACAUUCACCAACAACGGCGACUACAGGCACGACGUCCCAGCAAUAUCCAGCCGCGAUCUCAUGACUCUCCGCCUCGCCCAGUCUACAUUCUCCAAGCAGAGCUCUAUUCAAAUAGAUGUCAAGUAUAGGGACAACUUUUUGGUGCAAUAUGUAUAUGGUUUUAAUGCUAGUGAUUAUGCUUAUUUUCUAAUAAUUCAAAAACAUUCCCAUCUUGCGGGCAAUGAGGAGCUGGGAUACGUGUCGCGGCUGGCCCGGACCUGCGUUAAUGAUGACAAUUACAACAGCUACACUGAGGUGACCCUGGAGUGCAGUGUUCGGGAAGAAAACAAUGGUAAGAUUGAAGAUGUCAAUUACAAUUUAGUGCAAGAUGCUAAAAUCGCUAGGGCCGGGGCUACGCUAGCCACCCAGCUGGGCAUUGAACCAGGAGACUCCAUACUCGUCACAUCCUUUAGCCCAUCUAAAACUAUCACUAAUGAACCUGUAGCUAAGUCAGCAAUUUGUGUAUUUUCUUUGCAAGAGAUAGAAAUUAAGUUUAAUGAGAAUGUUCAUAUGUGUUUCAAUGGUAGUACUAAAUCUCGUAAUAUGGGAUACAUAUCAGGCAUGAUAUCAGAUGGUAAAUGUCCCAGUGUGGGAUCUGUGGGCAACAUACUCAAUUUUUGUGAGGUAGGUCUUAAGAUAAGUGGUUUGUAUCCUAUAAGAACUUCACCUGUAAUUUACUGGAAUGAUACUCUCGUAAGCUCUGUAACUAUGUCAGUGACCGGGUUACACACUGUAGCUUUUUUGGGGACAAACAAAGGAAAGUUGAAAAAGGUUCUCAUAGAUGUAGAUAAGGCAAUACAAUAUGCUAGUGAUGAGCUCCUGCCUGGGCAAAGGAUACUGCCAGAUACUACUUUAUCUCCAUUUCAAAGAUCUCUUUAUGUAUUAGCAAGAAACACAAUAGUCCAAAUUCCUACAGAGAAGUGUACAGAACACAGUGACUGCUCUUCAUGUCUUGAGUCCAAUGACCCUCAUUGCGGCUGGUGUUCUUUAGAAAAACGAUGCACUGUGCAGAGCAUGUGCCAAAAAGGUACACAGAGUGCUCCCAGAUGGCUAUCCCGGUACACAGGUCAACAGUGCAUUGACUUUGAACAAAUAAUGCCAGACAAGAUAUCCAUGAAUGAGGUAACUACAGUGCAACUUGUCAUUAGAACUUUGCCUGAACUACCUUUUGGUGAUACAUACAAAUGUGUAUUUGGUAAUGCUCCUCCUAUAGAUGCAGCUGUGACAACAAGUGGUCUAGCUUGCCCUACCCCUGAUCUUAAACAUAGGCCUAAAAUAUUGCCCAAUCAGGACCAUGCAUAUGUGCCACUUUCAGUACAUUCAUCAGAAACAAACAAAGAUUUUGUCUCUAGAAACUUUGCAUUCUAUGACUGCUCCAAGCAUACAACUUGUCAGUCCUGUAUAUUGAGUGAAUGGGCAUGCAAUUGGUGCAUUUAUGAUAACAGAUGCACACAUGACACCUCUGUUUGCCAGAGGACUAUCAUUAGUGGAGAAAGUAACCCAACUAAAUUACUUAACCAUGGUAUUGGACAUUGUCCACGAAUUAGGCAGCACAAGCACCAAAUUCUACUGCCCAAUAAUGUACCUAAGGAGCUAGAACUUGAGGUUGAAAACUUACCCCAUUUGCAGCCUGGCCACACUGGUUUCCAAUGCAUUGUUAGCAUUGAGCAGGCUAACAUGAUUGUGCCUGCCAGAGUUGAAUCUAAUCAUUUUAUAGUUUGUGAUAAAACAACAUAUUCCUACGAGGAAUAUGUUGGAGAAUAUAAUGUUAGCGUAAAAGUGGUAUGGAAUCACAAACAUUAUAUAGACACCAUAAAUAUCACUUUGUACAAGUGUGAGAUUCUUGGUUCUCACAGGGAGCAUGCAGACUGUUCCUUGUGUAUAACCCGUAACUCCGUUUAUCAGUGCACGUGGUGUGGAAAUUCCUGUUCUUAUAGUGAAUCUUGUCUUGAUAACCCAGUUACUGAAUGUCCCAAACCCCGAAUAGAUAUGAUCAAACCCCUGAGUGGUCCUAUAGAAGGUGGAACCAUAGUAACUAUAGAAGGCAGCAAUCUCGGUUUACGAGUUGAAGAAGUGACUGGAAAGGUACGCAUUGGAGAAGUACCAUGCGAAAUAGUCGAUUUCGAGGUGUCGGUUAGCAUCACAUGUCGCACUGGACCAUCUAAUGGUUCUUCGGUGGCGCCAGUGAUUGUUGAAAAUGACGCUGGUUACACUGAGUCCUCAGUUUUAUUUAGUUACAAGAAUAUUAAAUUGCAAGGUAUAUAUCCUGCUCUUGGACCUGUUUCUGGCGGAACGCAACUAGCAAUUGGAGGGCAGCAUUUAAACAUUGGAUCAGCCAUUUCAGCAUACUUAGAUGAACUGCCCUGCUCCGUAAAUAAAACCCAAACAUCCAAUAGCAGGCUUAUUUGCAUAACUCCGAAGGCCAAUAUGCCGCGCGUGAUUAAUACGAUCACCGUUGCUAUCGACAAUGCUAAUCGAACGCUAAUGGGCGACCUGUAUAAUUAUACAGCAGACCCAACCAUAAUGGAGAUUAAACCUUUAAAAAGCUUCGUGUCAGGGGGAAGAAUGAUAACAGUCCAUGGUACUAAUUUGAACACUAUCCAAAAACCACUAAUGAAACUCUAUCAUGCUAAAGAGUUAGAGCCGGUGAACUAUACCGCUUGUGUCGUACUGAAUUCCAAUCAAAUGGAGUGUCCCAGUCCUGCAAUCAACAAAAAGUACACUGAGAUUUUACAAGCAACUGCAUCUCAAACAAGUACACCUCAGAUAGCUAUGAAAGUUGGUUUUGUAAUGGACUAUGUGGAAACGAUGCACGAUUUAGAGAAAUAUUUCAACCCUCCGCGAACUCAUAUGGUUUUCGUGGAAGAUCCUCACGUUUAUCAUUUUCCGAAUAAAAUAAAAUCGUAUAAAGGAGACCCUCUUGUCAUAGAAGGAGAGAAUCUAAUACGAGCAAGUGAUGAGUCAGAUGUGGUAGUUACUAUUGGUACUCAACCAUGUAAUGUUACCAGUCUCACUAUGCAACAGCUUCUAUGCACCCCACCGGAAAUUCAACCGAUGAAUACGGACGAAAAUGGUGUGCAAAACACAGACAUAAAUUUGCCAAUGGUUGUAGUUAAAAUAGGGAAAAAUUUAAGAUUUCCAAUUGGGUACCUUCAUUACGAAUUGCUACGUAAUUACAAUUUUCCACCCGAAGCAAUAGCAGGCAUUGCAGCCGGAACGUUCUUUUUAGUGCUAAUUUUCAUGAUUGUCUUGGUUAUGUAUCGACGUAGAAGUACUAAAGCUGAAAGAGAAUAUAAGCGAAUUCAAAUACAGAUGGAUACAUUGGAAAGUAAUGUAAGACUAGAGUGCAAGUUGGCUUUUGCAGAAUUACAGACCGAUAUGUCAGACUUGGCAGCCGAUUUGGAACAUUCAGGUAUCCCAACAUUGGAUCAUGUAAAUUAUGUCAUGAAAGUAUUUUUCCCAGGCGUUUCCGAUCACCCAAUUUUGAACGUUCAACGUCAAUUUAUUAAUACACCGCGUACAAAUUAUGACGCAGCCAUGAUUCAAUUUGAACAGCUUUUGAAUAAUAAAUGUUUCCUUCUGUCAUUUAUAGACACUUUGGAAGCACAAAAAUCAUUUAACAUUCGGGAUAAAGUUAAUGUGGCUUCCUUGUUAAUGAUAAUUUUAAUGGGAAAGAUGGAAUAUGCUACCGACAUACUCAAGUCGCUUUUACUGCGUCUUAUUGACAAAUCCGUCUGUAAUAAACACCCCCAACUAAUGCUCAGGAGGACGGAAAGUGUUGUCGAGAAAAUGCUUACAAAUUGGAUGGCAUUAUGUAUGUAUUAUUACCUCAAGGAUUAUGCCGGUUCGUCACUUUUCUUGCUAUUUAAAGCAAUAAAACAUCAAAUCGAAAAGGGUGUGGUUGAUGCCAUUACGCACGAGGCUCGCUAUUCUUUAUCAGAGGAAAAACUUUUGAAAGAGCAGAUUGAUUACCAAAUCGUGACUCUGCAUAUUGUUCAGGAUGAUUUCGACGAAAAGGUCCAGUGCAAGGUUUUAGAUUGCGAUAGUAUUUCGCAAGUGAAAUCAAAAAUACUAGAUGCGUUGUUCAAAAAUACCCCGUUUUCAAUGCGACCGUCCGUCCACGAAGUUGACCUGGAAUGGCGACAUGGGAGAGGAGGGCACGUGACACUCCAAGACGAAGAUGUCACAACGAAAACAGUCAACAGUUGGCGUAAGCUUAACACAUUGGCUCAUUACGGCGUUAAGGAAUCCGCGAUCAUGUCCUUAAUAUCGCGACAAAACGACAGCUUUAACACCCCUUACAAGAUUCCGUGCAAAAAUUGCACUGGUAUUUACUGUACUAACUCCCACAUUAGAGUCGACAACAAUGACCUAGAUCAUAAUGUACAUUUCUACCACUUGGUGAGACCUAUUGAAUACCAUAAUAUAAUUAACAAAACUUCCGAACACAGUCACAAGGCUAUACCCGAGAUCUUUUUGACGAGGCUUUUGUCAACAAAGGGAACCGUCCAUAAGUUUGUCGACGAUUUCUUCAGCACUAUCUUAACAGUCAACGAAGUGUUGCCGCCGGCAGUCAAGUGGCUCUUUGACCUCUUUGAUGAGGCAGCCAGGACUCAUGGCAUCAUGAACCCAGAGGUUGUUCAUGCAUGGAAAUCAAACAGUUUGCCGCUCCGAUUUUGGGUUAAUCUUAUCAAGAAUCCCGAUUUCAUAUUCGAUAUAAAUAAAACGGCUACUGUAGACUCGUCGUUGUCUGUUAUAGCCCAGACGUUUAUGGAUGCCUGUUCGUUGACAGAGCACCGACUUUGUAAAGAUUCUCCGUCGAAUAAACUUUUAUUUGCGAAAGACCUUCCUACGUACAGAGAUAUGGUGAUACAGUUUUACCAGGCAGUUUCCCAAUUACCUCAAGUAACCGACCAAGAACUGAGCACCUCUAUGCAACAGCUUUCAGUGCAACAAUUAAACGAGUUUGAUACACUCUCUGCCUUGAAAGAGUUAUACAUUUAUGUCAGUAAAUAUAGAGAACAAAUUAUACUGGGACUAGAAAUGGAUCCACUUUGUAACAAAAUGCACUUAGCUCAUAAAUUAGAUAAUGUAGCGUGCACAAUGGAAGGUGACCCUACGUCUAUAUGCUGACUAUAUGAUACCUUAAGUGAUGAUUUAAUUGCAUUUACAUAAUUUUAUUUAUACAUAACUAUUUUGUAAAAAAAAAGCUUUAAUUUAUUCUGAAAAUACUCAGAUCUAAAACAGAUGUGUAAAAAGACUGUAAAAUAUCAGUUUGAUUAAAUCUAGUUAGGAAGGUUUAUAUGAAAAUAUUUUUUUCAGUGGAUAAUAUAAAAUACUUAAAUUAUAUUAAGGAUAUCUAUUACAAUAAUUCCUUCUCAAAAGUUUUGUAAUGUUGAAGUGUCACUUUUAUUAUUAUUGGUGAAUGUUACACAUUUAAUCUCCCAGCGGCCAUACUUUAGUGUCCAUGCUAUUUUUAUAAUUUAGAUAUUGUCUAGAUACUCAAAAUAGCAACAAUAAAUUGCUCUCUAUAGUAAAAAUAAGACCUUGAUUCUUUUUUAUAGAUCUGGCACUGUACCUCGAUGAAUUUUUAUAUUAAAAACUGAGUGUGUAUGUAUCUCAAAAUAUUUGAUGUAUUAUGCUUAGGUGUAUCUGUAAAGAGAGUUAAGUUUUAAGUUAGGGAAAUGUUGUGAUAUUUGUAUUUGGAAUAUUGAUAAAACAUUAUCAGUUACCGUUUUGUAGUUGGUAAUAUGAUGUGUAUUUAAUUGUUCUUCACCUCUUUAAAAUUGAGACUAUAUUGAUAAAAGCAGUUCAGACAGUAAAAUACGACUAGGAUAGUGGAAUUGUGUCAGCAAUCAGCAUUAUUGCUAUUUCAAGUAUUAAUAAAUGUUCCUUAUUUAAUUGCGAGGAUUUUAAAGUGUUUCUAAUACGUCGUCAGGUGAAUCUAGAUGUAUAUUUGAAAAUCAGGUAGGUACUUCUAUAAAAUUAAUACUUACCUUGCUACGAAUUAUUUAGUAUCGGAACUAAAAUCCAUCCACGAUUUAGCUUGAUCUCAUUAAUUUUAUGCUCAAUGAAAGCUAGGCACGUACUACGGAUUUCUGUCGUGCGUUUUUUUCCGCGAAAUCUAUAAAGAAAGUCCUUGAGUGCGCGCACCGCGGAAAAUAAUCCGUAUGCGGAUAAAAAUCUGUCAUUUUUUGCAGAUUGGUUGUGGUGCGGCACCGCACGAAUUUUCUGCGUCAUUUCAUGAAUAAAAUUCGUGCGGUCGCCGAUUUUUUUACACAUACGUAAGUCAUUGUAACCUAGCGUUUUCCCGGCCUAACGCCAGGGUCACCUUUCCUACUUAAUCUUCUCCACUUUGCCCGGUCUUCGGCAUCCUCAGGUGUGAGAUUGUUCUCGUCCAUGUCCGCUGUCACGACGUCCAGCCAGCGCUUCUUAGGCCUACCGCGGCCGCGUGAUCUAGGGCCUUGGACAGUGAGGUUGAGGCAUCUAUUUCCGACGUAGUCUACUGGUCUGCGGCUUAUAUGGCCAUACCAUCGGAGGCGACUUUCCUGCAGCUUCCCGCUACGUCACGGAUUCCGAGGUUGCCACGGAUGUGUUCGUUACGUAUGCGAUAUAAUCGCGUAACGCCACACAUCCAUCGCAACAUCUUCAUCUCGGUGACGUGAAGCAGCAGGACAUGUCUUCCGAGGACAGGCCAGGUCUCGCUACCAUAUAGUAGGACUGGGCGGAUGAUUCCCUUGUACACAAGGCCCUUUCGCUUCACCGGUAUCCUGCGGUCGCAUCUGUUACUUCACCGGUUACUUCUCGCCAUUUGCCCAAGCAGCACUUAUUCAGGCUUGGACGUCGUGAUUACACCAGAUUCGUGCAGCACGGAACCAAGGUAUUUGAAUGUAUCUAAUGAAAAAAAUAUCCAUUGUGUUUGGGUACUUCAUUAUUGCGCGACAGUAAAUAUACACCCAUGCAGAUUUCGGUGUGAUAGUCCAUUUUCGAUGUGCGUUUUUUGAGACUUAGGAAUGGCAAAACGUACGGAUAUUUCACCACUGGGCGCGUACUGGAUAAUCACGUUUUAUUCCUUUGCGAAUUUAAAAACACCGCAACUCGUCACACCGCAGGGCGUGUCUAGCCUAAAGGUUGCAUAUUAUACUCGGGACACUUAAAAAAAUACAAGCAGAUUACGUAAUUAUAAUAUUCCAUUUACAAAAUAUUUUAAGAUAGUAUUAUUAUCUAGAUGUAACUUUUUAGAAGGAUAACCGUCUCUUAAAGUUUUAUAAUAUUGACCUAGAAAUAUACUUAUUUAUCAAAA